AGUAGUUUCCGCGGCGCUGACGCAUGCUUGCGCACGCACCCCAGCCUGGCGCGUUGUACGCAGCCACCGCGAGCCGGGCUGCGGGUGCCAGGCGGUUCCCCGGCGCGGGGCAGGGGCGGGACUCCCGGGAGAGGAGCCCGGAGGAGGGCCGCCUGACGGCUGAGUUGCCAUGGCAUCCUACUACGAGAUUCUAGACGUACCGCCGAGUGCGUCUGCUGAUGACAUCAAGAAGGCGUACCGAAAGAAGGCUCUGCAGUGGCACCCCGACAAGAACCCGGAUAAUAAGGAGUUCGCUGAGAAAAAAUUUAAGGAGGUGGCAGAGGCCUAUGAAGUUCUAUCUGACAAGCACAAACGGGAGAUCUAUGACCGCUAUGGCCGGGAAGGGCUGACGGGGGCAGGAACUGUUCCCUCGCAACCAGAAACUGGUGGUAUGGGACCUGGCUUCACUUUCACCUUCCGUAGCCCCGAGGAAGUCUUCCGGGAGUUCUUCGGGAAUGGAGACCCUUUCUCGGAGCUCUUUGAUGACUUGGGCCCCUUCUCGGAGCUUCAGAACCGGGGUGCCCGACACACUGGCCCUUUCUUCACCUUCUCUUCCUCCUCUCCUGGCCAAUCUGAUUUCUCGUCGUCUUUCUCCUUCAGUCCUGGGGCUGGUGCUUUUCGCUCUAUCUCUACAUCCACCACCUUUGUCCAAGGACACCGCAUCACCACGCGCAGAAUCAUGGAGAACGGGCAGGAGCGGGUCGAGGUGGAGGAGGACGGCCAGCUGAAGUCAGUCUCCAUCAAUGGUGUCCCAGAUGACCUGGCCCUAGGCUUGGAGCUGAGCCGCCGCGAGCAGCAGCCUUCAGUCACCCCCAGGCUGGGGGGCACGCAGGUCCAGUCAACCUCGGUCUCCCGUCCCGCCGCCGAUAGCGACCUUUCUGAGGACGAGGACCUGCAGCUCGCCAUGGCCUACAGCCUGUCAGAGAUGGAAGCGGCUGGGCAGAAGCCAGCAGGUGGGCGGGAGGCGCAGCAGCCAUGGCAGGGGCGGCCCAAGGCCCAGCACCAAGACCUUGAUGUGGGAGGCACGGAUAAGGGGGCGAGGGGCGAGGCCGCCAAACCCAGCCCAUCCUCAGAGGAGAAGGCCUCUCGCUGCCUCAUUCUCUGAAAACUAGGCCGAGCCUGACCUGAUUCAGGUCCCGACUCGGAGUCCAGCUCCCUGUGGCCUGAGUUGCAGGAUCCCACACUCGGUCCCGCCACAAGUUUUUGUCCCAGGCCCCACCAACCGAUAGCUGGACCAGGGAUUUGUUGUGCUCUGUCCAGGCCUGAUAAGUCCCUGGGUAAAGCCCAGGAUUGGGGGGCAUCAGAGCCAGGGAAGGGCCUGUGGAGCCCAGAGGCACGGUUGCAUCAGGCAUUACUGAGGGACAUUAGUGGUUUGGGGUGGGCCUUUGGGCCCACGUCGUCUUCUGCCAAUCUGUGUUGCCGAUGCUCUCAAGGAAGGAGGACUUGGCCUGGCAUGCUUUGAGCUCAAGUUGGCAGCUCGAGCGGAGCCUCUGCUGUGCUUGCGCAGCUGCAGGCCCCCCGCACCCCCCCCCCCCCACGCCCCGGUUUCUGUGCAGAACUGAGUUCUUACCCAUUGUCAUCUCUGUUUCCCCCUGGUUGCUGCUCUCCUCCCGCUCCGCUCUCCGCAACUCCCUGUGGCUGCGCCGCUUGCUUUCACUGCUGCUUGGCUAGGACUUCCUCCUCCUCCUCCUUCUCCUCCUCCUCUUUGAAGCCUCAGUGUGCCCAGGAAGAUGCUGGGGCCAGUGGGGCCAUGAGAUCUUCUGGGGAGGCUAGCUAGGUGGGGUGGCCGCCUCUCAGCCCUCCAGAGUCUCAACCAGAAUCAACUCCUCUUCCCUCCUCCUUGCUGCCUCAGCCUGCCCUGGCCAUAGGACUAGGCAGAGGUGAGGCUGGCUAUCCUUGGAGAGGUGGGAUAGGGCCAGGGUGACCCAGUGGGAGGCCUAGGUGGGGACCGUCCUUGUCCAUCACGCAUCAGAGCUCAGGGGCCGGCCACAGGGCUUGGCCUAGGUGUGCAUGCUCAGCUCCCCGCCUCCGUGUGCUUGCAGCUGACCCUCUCUCCUAUCACCCCACCCCUGCUCUCUCCCCAGAUGUGUUCUGAGCUGGAUAUCCUGGAUACAGAGUUGCUGCAGUUCCAACAGGACAGCGCCCUCCCCAAUGUGCUAGGAGGGAACACUCCAUCCCUCUCCCUCACUUAAUGCUGAGUGUAGGGCUGGGGCCUGGGUGGUGGGUGGGGGACUGAGUGGGAGGCACCCAUAGUCUUAGCCUCUGAACUCUCUCCCCUGGGUGCUUAGCACUGUCUCUUGUGGAUUACAAGUCCCAGAGUGCAAUGUACCAUGGCCUCAUUUCUGAUAGCUCUAAUCCCAGGGGAAGUGGUGCUUGUUUAUAAAGCUGGGCUUCUUGGGAUAUGUAGUUCCAACCUAGCCAGUCUGUCGCUCUUCUCUGACUGGGGAGAGCUUGUCUUUCAUCUUGUCCCUGGCAGAGGUGGUGAGAAUUGUGGAUGAAGGAGAAAGGACCAGAAAGACCACUAAAGACCUUAGUUCCUCUGACACUUGUUGCUAGACCCAGGCUGGAGUGAGCACACCAGAGUCCUGUAGCAUCUGAGAGGUGGUUUCCCUUGGGCAGCUUGGGGUCUAAGGACUAAGCUAGUAGGGCAGUGGACUGAGUAGGGAUAGCAUGGUCCUGGAAGGCUGAUGGCUGUGGGCUGGCAGAAUGUGGGAGAGAAGGCUGCCUUGGCCGGAGUGUGUAUGGCGAAGAUUGGCAUGCAGAGGGAGUGUUGGGCAUAUUGCUUGAAUGGCUUUCUUUGGCCUCUGACCUUGCUGCCCAUUCUUUCUUACCAUCAUUCAUCCUCCAUGAGCCACCUGCCCUCCUCCUGCCUGGGGAGUCCAAGCCAGUGAGGGGAUUGGUGGAACGGGCUGUGGCCAGCUUCUGUAAUGCUGAGCCUCUGAGACCCAUCAAAGUCAGAUGAACUGAGCUCAGGCUCAGGGAAAAUGGAAGUCAAUAAAGCUGAGUUUUGAGA